AUGGCCACCCAGGGAGGCGAGUCCUCUCCCCCAGACCGGUCACUGAUGGAUGUUUCCCGGGUCAUCACAGCUAUAGCCACAGGUGAUGAUAAUCCCACAAAAGUUGUGUGUUUCUCUGGCUCCACCGAAAAACAAAGUAUUCAGUACGACGACAAAGGACAACCCCUCUAUUCAUCUGGUGUAUAUCGCAAAAAUAAACAUAUCAGUGAGAACAGAAACCUAGAUAUCUGUGUGUCAGACUAUAAAGCCGAUGCAGUAGUGGUGGUCAAUCAGUUGGGGAAACUCCGAUUUACCUACACUGGUCCUCCCUCUACUAACAAGGGAUCAUUUGGUCCACGUGGCUUCACAACAGACAGCGAAGGUCGUAUCCUGACAGCAGAUUAUAAUAACGACUGUAUUCAUAUCCUGAAUCAGGACGGACAGUUCCUCCGCUACAUUGACAACAGUGACUUACACCGUCCAUGUGGUUUAUGUAUGGACAAUGACAGACACAGACCCCUUGUGUCUGAAAACAUCACAGGCAAAAUGAAGAAAAUCCAAUAUUUUAUGCAACUCAACUAA